UUUCCGUCUUCAGUCUGUUCACAAAACAGGAUACAGGAGUUUGAACGUUGAAUUAGAAUUCUCACCACUCUGUGUUUUUGCCUCAUGGAUUUUAAACGUAUCUGCCAAUGGAGCAUAUUGAUAUGAAUUGAAAUUUAUAGUUUAUCUUUUGUAGCAAUAAUGUUCUUAAAUCUUUUACUACUGCUCCACAUCUGUGGGUCAAUGGGAACCACAGACAACAUUGCUGCAAGUCUAUGUUCAUCUGAAGCCUGUUUUACCUUACACAUGGAAAAAGUGAUCUUUGAGGAUGCUCGAAAGAAAUGUGAAGACAAUGGAGGUUACUUAUUUACAACUAAGAACAACACUGAGAAAGCCCAGCUCCAAUCAAUUCUUUCUCAUGUUGAUGGAAAAAAUCGACGGUGGGACCUAACAUUUUGGAUCGGAUUAAAAUUACGCAAAGGGGAGUGCGUUACAGAUAGAUCAAGUCUGAAGGGCUUUAAGUGGAUAUCCGGCAUGAACUUUGACCAGUAUUCAAACUGGGACAGGGAGCCCCUCCGUACAUGUACAGAGGACAGGUGUGUCACAAUACAUUAUGAUGUAUCAAGCAACAGCGAGUUGAAAUGGACUGAUGGAUCAUGCAAGGAUACAGCUUUUUAUGCAUGCAAGUUCUACUUCAAAGAGAUGUGCAAACCUCUGUCAUUGGCAAGACAAGGAAAAAUUUACUACACUCCACCUUUUGCCAAAAACCCUUUAAAUGAAGCUAAUAGUCUGAAUUCUUUGCCAAUAGGGACAUUUGCUGAGGUAACGUGCGGUGAUGACAGUAGUUCACAGAUUUUCACCAUUUGUAAAGCAAUGAACACCUGGACUAACCCUGGUCCAUUUUGUACAUCAGACAACCAAAGUUGCGACUUAAAAAAUGGUGGAUGUGACCAUUUCUGCUUGGAUGUAAAAGCUGGUGGCGUACGCUGCGAAUGCAAGGAUGGCUUUGAACUGGGAAAUGACCAAGUAUCUUGUGAAGCAAAAGACUAUUGCCACGGUUCCCCAUGCCAAUAUCAAUGCAAAACAAGUGGCGCAGGCUUUUCAUGUGUAUGCCCAAAGGGUCUCCAACUGGACAAAGACUUAAUUGGAUGUGUUGAUAUUAAUGAAUGCCAGAUGCAGGCCUGUGAUGAUCAUGAUUGUGUCAACACGCAAGGUAGCUACAUGUGCGUGUGUAGGGUGGGAUACAAAAUGGUCGGUGGCAAAUGUCACGACAUAGACGAGUGUACUGAAUCUAGAUGUUCUCAGAUAUGUCUGAACUCCCAAGGGUCAUUCUCCUGCCAUUGUAUUGCUGGUUUUAUUGCAUCAGAAGAUGGACAUGCCUGUAUAGACAUCGAUGAAUGCCUUAAUAAUGUACGAUGUGAGUACAAAUGCAAAAAUACUAUAGGCGGUUUCAAGUGCUUGUGUCCUAAUAACUUUAGAUUACAUCAGAAUGGACUUACAUGCAUUGAAGAUUUAACAAUUGAUUCCACUGCUGAACCAACAGGGAGUCGUUCAAUCUCGGUGACUCAUGGCAAGACAAUAGAAUCUCAAACCAUGUCUGAUGAAUUAAAAAACAAACAUGCGUACACAGACGCACCCCCUUCAGACAACGUGAGCAUGCAUGAGCAGACUCUUGGCAAAGUUACUUUGGAAACAAAUGCUCCGAACAGCAAAACAUUUAAUUCCAGGCUGUUGGUAUGGUAUGCUAUUGGUUCAGUUGUUCCACUAGUUCUUUUAAUUGCAGUAACCAUUGGUAUAGUUAUAUUUCGAUGUGAUCGUUCUAAAAGAAACAUAAAGAAGAAAAACCUAACUGCUGAUAGCUAUUGUUGGGUUUCCUCUGGUUUAGAAACUCAGUUAGAAAGACUGAAUGGGUCAGUGUUGACAAACAGAUGACCUCUAAUGAUUUGACAUUUGUGAAAGCUGUUCCUUUUAGCUCUAUUUAUAGCAUCAUUUUAAAUAUUAUUUUUUU